AUGUUCUCCCCUUCUUCUCUUUUUAGGGAGUUGCAUUUAAUUCCUUUGUUUCUCCGUAUCUUCAUCUUUACAAAUUUAGUGAACUCUUUGCCACGAUCUUCUACAUACCAAAAUCAAAACCAACAUCCCUCAAAGAAAUACGCUAGUGCUAUUCCAAACUGGCACAAAUAUGUCAGAGCUCCUUCUUCUAGUGUAAUCGCACCUCAAGGCAUUGCCAACAUGUCGGGAGAAGUCACUAAUCCCGAUGCUCUCCUUCAAAGAGGUGGCCAAGUUACGACUUUGACUAGAGCUAACGGAUCAGCUAAUAUCCCUUCGAUCACCGUUGACUUUGGACAAAACAUGGCAGGAUACUUGAGCAUUAACUUUGCCGGUGCUUCCAAAACUCCUCCUGGCAUCCGGCUAGCCUUUUCCGAGAGAUUGGAAUACAUAUCUGACGUCAGUGACUUUUCAAGGUCCAACCACGAUGAACAUGGAUGUCAAUAUGGUACUAAAGUAUGUGCAGAUGGCAUUCACGGUUUCCGAUAUAUCAGAAUCUUUCUCGACGCAUUGCCUGAAGAUGCCCCAUAUACUGUACCAUAUGGAACGGUAGCUAUCGAUUACUUGAGCUUGAAGUUUUCAGGUGUCCGCGGUACACCAGACACCUUCACGGGUUGGUUUGAAAGUUCCGAUGAGGAUCUCAAUCAAUGGUGGUAUGAUGGUGUAUACACCAAUGACAUAGCAACCGACAUUUUCACUCUCAAUUCCACCGAGCCUCGAAAUGCAUUUAGCCUGACGCUCGAUGGUAAAUUAGUUCUAAUGGAUGGCGCAAAACGAGAUAGAGAUCCAUAUGUUGGUGAUAUUGCAGUUGCAGGAAAGACAUUAUUCUUGUCACAUAAUAAACCAGAAGCUUCUCGUAAUGUUCUUGCUGACUUGGCAGAUCAUCAACGUGCCGAUGGAUGGAUUCCUCCCGCAUCUAUUGCCGGCUAUGAGCUUCAUCUUCUCGACUAUCCAUUAUGGUGGAUUGUUUCUAGUUACGACCUAUUGAUGUAUACUGGCGACAACGAUUACAUUCGAAAAUACUACCCCAAUCUCGUUAAAUGCCUAGACGUAUUCUACCCAUCAGUCACAGAUGCCGGCACCACUCUCAUCUGGAAAGGAGUCGGUGUCUCUGGAGAUUAUGGUGACUAUGCAUUUCUUCCUCGUAUAGGUCCAGUCACGUAUUACAGUGCUCUCUAUGUCCUUGCCCUUGAGAACGCCGCUGCCAUCGCUAAAUCUCAAGGACAAUCCGCCGAUGCUUCUCGCUGGCUCGCUCGCGCUAAAGUUGUAUCCGAUGCACUGAAUUCACACAAUUUCGAUAACUCAGUAGGUGCAUUUUUCGAUGGAGGCUGCGGAAAUGGAUUAUGCAAUACCCAUUCCCAAGAUGGAAACUCUAUAUCUAUCCUCGCAGGAGUUACGAAUACAUCCCGCUCCACCUCGAUUCUCAACUACCUCAAUAGCGCCAAUCGUCGCUUCUACGGUAACUCAUUUUACGACAAUGAUGUUUUGUCCGAUGGUUUCUCUCAGCGUGUCUACGCAUUUAUUUCCUUCUUCGAAAUAUCCGCUCGAUUCAAGACAAACCUCGUAUCCAGCGCUUUCGACGAAAUCAGAAGAUUGUACGGCUGGAUGGCAAACAAUGAUCCGAAAAUCACCAUGUGGGAAGGUAUCGGAGCAAAUGGAAGCGCAUACCAAGGAGGUUUUACAAGUAUGGCUCAUGGAUGGAGUACCGGUAUCGUACCCGAAAUGAGUAAUUAUGUUUUAGGCGUUAUACCUACCGGACCUGGAUUUUCCACCUGGAGCGUGAAACCCUAUCCUGGUGAUCUCUCUUGGGCUAAGGGUCAGGUUCCUACUCCUCAUGGUCCUAUCAUAGUGGAUUGGAGUAUUAAUUCUAGUGGUUGGUUUGUGUUGAGUGUGGAUGCUCCCGUCGAUACAACUGGAACGGUUAGUUUACCUGUUCAGUUUGGCGCUUCUGCGAAAGCCGAUUCUGUGCUGGAGAUUUCGGUAGAUGGGGAAAUGGCGUGGGAUGAUGGUCCCGUGGCUUUUGAUGCGGUUUUGGAUGCUAGUGAUGGGUAUGUUAGUUUGGUUUUGCAGGGGGGUACUACUCAUACUAUUACGGUUAAGGUUUAG